AUGGCAGACGAGAACCACUAUCCUCCACCUCCAUCUCAUCCCGCCCAACAACCGCAAGUUGUACAGCAACCAGGAGAAUACCCUCCACCUCCGACUAUGCCACCACGGCCAAACGACAUGUCUCAGACGUACGGCGCAGACCCAUCAGCGCAAUAUCCGGCGGUGCCACAGAUCAACGAACCUCCACCACCGCCUCUACCUCAGCGACAUGGCAACAACUUUGGAACUGAAGCACAGAUGUAUCAACAACCUCCGCCACCGUCAUACAAUCCAGCCGACUACGCCGGACAAGAGUCGUACCAGGCAGCCCCUCAGUUUCAACCCCCACCUCAACGCAUCAAACAAACAUUCUCAGCGGACGAUGACCCUUCCAACCCAAUCCACUACAUCCGGGACCCGCACAAGCUCAUAGGUUACCUUGUGCCCUUCCCCAAGCCCAAAAUCGGCAGCGCGACGCCGGACUCUGUACCCUCGCGCUUCAUGAUCUACACGCCUCCGCCACCCCCGCUCCAGAAACCCGCCGAAGGCACCAAGGAAGCCAAACUCCACAAGGUCCAACGAAAAUGGCAAGAAGAGGUUCGCGCCGCAAAGACCAGCACCGCCAAAACGGCGUCGUGGAAGGGGCUCAAGUCCAAAGCGACAAAGGGGAUCGACUGGGCCAUGAACAAGACGACCACGUCGAACCUGGACUUUCUGGGGCGCGUCUCACCGGCCCAUUCGGAUGACGAGCGCAGCGACACCGAGGGACCCGAGACUCACAAGACCAUCGGCGUCGAGGAGAUGGUCAUGAUAUACCCACCGACCCUGGGUCUCGGUGAGGCGGCGAUGCGCGAGGAAUUCGUCAAUACGAUGCUGCGGACCAAGAGCAAGGCCCAACGCGACACCAUCAUCGCCACAGGUUUGAUGCCUGUCGGGUAUGGGAUCGACAUCCUCGCCACCUUCAUCUGGCCGUUUGGCGGGCUGGGCGAGAUCGACACGGUGUGGGCGUACUCCAGUUUCCGCGGGGCCAAGACGGCGAGGAGCGUGACGAAACGUCUUUCGAGUGCCGCGACUCCAACGCCAGCAGACGGAGGAAGCCACGGUGGCGACGGCGAGGGUCAGAAUGGUGGAAAGGACCAACUGCGACUCACAUUCAGAGACAGUGGCAGGAUCGAGGUCCUGAGGCGGUACCUCGACAGCGAGUGUCACAAGGUGGAUAGCAAGUUGUUCCCCGAGUACAGGACGGGCCCCACGGAGAGCGACGUGCUCGAGGCGAUCGGCUGGACGCCCACAGGGAGAAAUAGACACCGGGCCGUGAGUCCCGGAGCGGCAGAUGGGGAGAAGGCGACCGAGAUGGACAUGGAGGAGAAAAACUGGGAGGACGAGCAGUGGGAAUUGGAGGAGGUCAAGAUUGAUUUGAGAAAUACGUUCCGCAAAGCGGCGAGGGAGUGGAGGAAGUGGUGUCUCUUGCUGGAGAAGAACCCGGAAAAAGCGAUGAAGAAAUGAGGUUGUAUUGAUUGUAGCAGGCAUCAUCAGCAGCAACGUAACUGUUUAACCUUCAUUACUGAGCGUUUGUUCCAGGACGUACGGGAGCAUUAUUUGAGGCAGGAAUAGACUCAUG